AUGGCUAUGCCCAUGCCCAACCCCACGAACCCCCCUCUCCCCCUCUUACAGUAUCAAGUCCUAUCCUUCGACGUCUACGGCACUCUGAUCGAAUACAAGGCUCACGUCCUCGACGCCUUCCAACCGCUCCUAUCCCGACUACCACCCUCAUCACCAUAUCUCAACCCGGAGCCCUUGUCAAGCACGAUCCCCGACUCGGCAACCGUGGGAUCGAUCGAGUUCCUCAAACUCUUCCAACGACAGGAAGACGCCAUCAAGCUCGAGAAGCCGGUCAAGCGGUUCGACGUGAUCUUGCAGGAGAUCUGGCGACGCGUGGCGAAGGAAUUGAAUGUCGACACCUCCGAGGACGAGGCUCAAGCGUUCGGAAGCGAGGGCGUGAUUGCGAGUUGGCCGACCUUCUCUGGCACUUUGGACGCGUUACGGACGUUGAGUCGGUAUUUUAAAUUGGUCGCGUUGUCGAAUAUCGAUCGCUACGCCUGGGAGAUCACGGCCUCGUCGGGUGCGAGCGGGCUUGGCGAGGUACAGUGGUGGAAAGUGUUCACGGCGGAGGACUUUGGCAGUGACGUCUCCCGUGCCGACGAUGCCAAAUUGGAGACUCUGAUCAGGUAUUGUGCCGAGCAGGGUAUCCAAGGGGAAGGAAUCCUGCAUGUGGCGCAGAGUUUGGGGCAUGAUCAGGCGCCCGCGAAGAGGGUGGGGCUAAGUUCGGUGUGGUUGGUGGGGGAUGGGCCGCGGUGGGGGAAGGAGGCGGAGAGUCGGAUCGCGCUGGAGAGGGAGGUGGUGGGUUAUGCUUGGAGGUUUCAGGAUCUCAGGGGGUUCGCGGAGGAGGUUGCGAGAGUAGCGGAGGCUGAGAAGAACAGAGGGACUGGUUGA